GAAGAAGAAAAGUGUCCGUCGAGGCUUCCGUCAUCAGGAAGUAGGCGAGUCUUCUUCAAAAUCAUGGAUGUAUAAUAAGGAUAAGACUGUAAUAUCAUAGUAGCCUACUUACAGUCAAAUAUGCAGUCUAUGCGAUAGAAGAGCUCGAAACAGCUGUCACGUCACUUCAAACUCAUUUGGGCUGAGCAAACAGGAACUUUUAAAAGCGUUUAAUAAAAACAAAUAAGAAACGCACUUGUUUUUUAGCAUGAAUACUACUUUAAAGCACUGGAAGGAGUCGGCCACUCUUAUUUUAGCCGCCGGACACAGGCUCGGUGUGGCCUCAAGGACACCCCGGACUGUCGCUGCUGUUUCCCCGCAGGACAGCAGCUGCGGACCGCAACACCUGCCGCACAAGUCCCGCUUUGAUUACGACGUUUUACUUCUGAAGCGAAGCGGUAAAAGUGGAUUCAUGCCAAAUGCGUAUGUGUUUCCCGGGGGCAAGGUGCACUCCUCUGACUUUUCGAGUGAAUGGCUGGAUAUUUUCAAGUCUUUCUGUAACUUUUCAAAUUUUGGUUUGGGAAAUGUCACCCAGCCGCUGGAGACUAGACCCCCGAUAUUCGCCACAGACAGGCUGAAAUUCGGCUCUCCUAUCCCGGGAGAGGUCGCCUUCAGGAUCUGCGCAUUGAGGGAGACUUUCGAGGAGUCCGGUGUGCUCCUGGUUGUGCCAAAACUAGAGGAGAAGAGUUUGUUAAAAAGCAUAGAGGACAAGGGGGACACUGCUCAAGGACAGCAUUACAAGGUGAACGAUCUGUGCAGCACUGAACUUACAAAGUGGAGGGCUUUGGUAAACCAGAAUCCCUCCAACUUCAUCAGGAUGUGCAGAGAGUUGGAGGUGUUGCCUAACAUCUGGGCUUUACACGAGUGGUGCAACUGGAUGACUCCCGCAGGCCGGUACGGAGUGACGAGGUUUGACACGAUGUUCUUCAUCUGCUGCCUGCAGGAGAUCCCACACACACUGCAAGAUGAGAAGGAAAUAGUUCGCUUUCAGUGGUCCACACCCUCAGAGGUCCUGCAAAGCUACAUUUCGGGGGAGUUUUGGAUCGCCCCCCCACAGUUCUAUGAGCUCAGUCGAAUGUGCCGCGUCCCUCUGCUGGAAGACCUCCACCUCUUCUCCAGCAGGCGUGCCAGAGAGGGCUGCGAACGGUGGCUGCCAGUUAUUUCCUUAAAGGAUAAACAGUUCUUAUCACUGCUGCCAGGAGACAAAGACUACCCUCUGGACCCUUCAGGAGAGGUGGGGGUGGGUACGAGUACAGACCCUCAGCAGGAAGAUGCUCAGGACGACUCUGCACUGCACCGCUUUGUGACCGUAGAUCAGAACACUAUAAAUAUACAGAUCACCAUCACACCCAAGAACAAUCACCUACUUCCUGUUGUCACCUUCCCACAUGACUUAAAAAGUCAGUCUUAGCUCUUUGCCCGACAUGCCGUACGAGUCGCACAACUGCUGUGAAAAUGCAAUGAAGCAAGACAAAUGUAAUGCAGGUGAAGAAAUCAGAUGGCCUUUUUCACAACAGACAUUUUGCCUUGAUUAACAAUUAACAAUCGGUUGUAUUGACUUCCCAGUGGCAUUUUGGUCUUUACUUCACACCUUUUUGUUCAAUAAAAAGUGAUGCUCUCCAUGCACUCAAAGGUCAUCACUGUCUAGACAGCCUGCUGUUGGUCAAUGGAGCAAUUUAGCAUUACAACAUUCUCGAGAGUUGAACUUUUCAGAGAUUAUUACCAUCGAUUCUCUCGACUCCACGCGAGUCAGUUUUGCUGCCAGUUUGACUGUUUUCAGGAAUGCAAACCUAAUAUAGUGAAUGUGUUAUUUUUGUUGUCCAAGUUUUUUUAAAUCUACCAAAUGUUAACCUACGCUGUGUUCCCCAUUUGAUUUGUGGGUUGUUGAUGAAAUGUAUUAUAUUCUGGAUGAAUUGCACUUACAAACAAAUGUGGACUGUGUACGUUCCCUGAGUUUUUGUCCUCUUUACAUGAGUUCUCCAUCAGUAAAAUUGCAUGUAUUCCAAAAAAUAAAUCAUCGAGGAUUAUUUUUUCUUUACCCUCUUCAA